AUGUCGUCUGAUGAUCCAAACCUCGUUUCAAAUGAUGAGCAGGGGGAGCUCUUCGGCCAGCUCCUAACAAAGGUGCACACAGAAGAAGUGUUAAAAAAGAAACACUAUACACCCAUUUCGGCUCGUGGCUAUGGCUCUCGUUGCGCCGCUGGUGGGGUUGUCCAGUACGGGGAAUUCAUCGAGAGCCCAAUUCCAAAUGAAAACGCAGCAAGACGGCAGGCGCUUGUUCUAUAUUGCGAGAUGGUCGGGGUUUCAGAGCGUCGCAAAGAGCUAGCCUUUCUAGUGGUCGUGGACCUUCUCACCGGAGAUGUUCUCACCAACAAUUUCGUCCAUCCAACCAAUAUCGUCCGAGACUGGUUCACCCGAUCGAGCGGCAUAACGUGUGCCAGUAUGAAAGCUGCAGUGAAGGAAAACCUCGCCCUUCGAGAGUGGAAAGCAGCGCGCGAAAUGCUCUUUGAACAUAUGGAUAGUAACACCAUCAUGGUCGGCCACGCCCUCCAUAACGACCUGAAUGUCUUGGGAGUUGUGCACCCCACAAUCAUCGAGACGGAAAUCCUUACCGCUAAUGCGGUGUUUCGACCGCUUGAGAGACCCUUCCGGGGGACUUGGAGCCUCAAGGCCUUGGCCAAUGACUUGCUUGGCCUGAAAAUUCAACGGGGAAAGCGUGGACACAGUGCAUUGGAAGAUGCGAUGGCUACUAGGCAGGUGCUACUGCAUUUCAUCAAAAGCCCUCUCGACCUGGAGGCUGGGGCUGAUGCAUUACGAAGUAAGGAGCCUCCAAAGCCUGAAGAACCGGUCAACAAGGAGCCGUUGAAAGAUCCUUGGCUUGACUAA